AUCAAACGGUCGGUAUAAAAGUAGCAUAAAAAGACCCCACGUCGGAUACAGCAUUCUGCAGUCUUAAUUGAAGCACAAACAUGAAAGUUGAAAAUACUGUAAUUUUCCUUCAUAAUCUGUUCGGUGGACCGAUAGCAAAGGACGAUCAUCGCUUAACACCGCUCCAGAUGUGCAUCUACACUACAACGGUCAUCGGGACCAGUGUUGCAUUUUUUACCCUUUGCCUGUUUGAUUUACAUCGCAUGCUAUACUCGCGCGAUCUUGUUUUGAGUGUUAUCGAUCUGCUAAUGUUGCUAGGGAUUGCAACAACCGUACUGGCGAUUCAAUCCUCCGCAGUGAUAAAGCAUUUGACCAAAUCACGCGUUUCCAUUUUCCAGUGUCUUGACGAUAUCGACGCGCAUCUCUACACGCUAAACGUAGGUGGUGAGCCUACCCACAACCUUUCAAGAAACUGGCUCGUUGCUGCCCUUGGCGCAAUCGUCAUAUCGCUAGCCUAUCUGUUGGCAAUCGCAUUACGCAUCAAUCAAGCAAAUACGUUGAUCUUUGCCUUUAAGGCGUACGGAAUGUUUGUGAUAUUUCUCAUGGAUGGAAUGUUUCUCGUACUGUGUUAUCAAAUAUGGCAACGAAUCCGGUGCAUGGUGGUGCAUCUGGGAAAGAUGAUAGCAUCUUUCAAGCGGCAGAAUAAGCGAUCGAAUAAUAGCGAUAAAGGGAAUGUUAGUUUGCGAUUUUGCAGAGAUCUCCAGACGUUGGCCAUUGUUCAGUGGCAGUGUUUUAGGGCUUGUAACCGUCUCAAUGAUGAAUGUGGUCUAUCGAAUGUAUCCAUUUUUGGAAUGUUUUUCUACGUGCUCACUGCAAAAAGUUUUCAGCUAUUCUACAUUUGCUCGAUCGAGUUCAAACGUCACGGGUUUACCUUCACUCAUUUGCUAGAACCAACUGUGCUGAUAAUCGCAGUUUUUUUAUACUUUUUUACAUCCGCCUAUCUUGGUGAAAUGGUACUGAGAGAGACACAGCUCGUGAUAAACAAUCUGCACAAAUUUGAGUCCAUGCAUACGACUUCCCAGCAUAAAAUUAACCAGUCGGAGUUAGUUGAGCAGCUGGGCAAUCAAAUCGUGCAUCAACCUAUAUGCUUUAAUGUGAUCAAUUUCUUUCAGAUAGAUCUCAAAUUUUUCCAUUUAGUGAUGGCAUCCGUCGCCACAUAUUUAAUCAUAUUAUUGCAAUUCGAUUUCCAAAAUUAAUGUCCAAGCUCGCACACACACAUAAUCGCUGUUGGGAUCAACUCAAUAUGGUUCCUCGUCGUGAAAAACAUAUGUUCCUGCCCCCUUUGUUAAGGACAUCAAUCUUUCACAGUAUGCACACGCCACAGCGUUUUGUUCUCAUUUGCUACUAUCCGAAUGUGAAUAGUCGCCGAAAGGGAUUAGCUGUAGAAUCAUUUCGCUAGUACAACAUGGAAGCAACUAUUAAUCACACCAUUUUCAAACUUUUUGGGCUAAUGCCAAUCUUUCAAACAAAGGGUAGUGCCUGGAAAAUAUUGCUAAACAUAUGCUACAGCCUUUGCGUUAUUACUUUCAUCACAGUGCAUCAGUUUGCUAUCUACUACCUUCAGCUAGAGCGAGAUUUUGCCGGAUGGUUCAUAAGCGCCAGCGUGCUGUUUACCAGCUUCAUCGCACUGCUGCAAACGUUAACAUCGGCCAAAGGGUUGCAGUUUCUAAUGUUGGAGCUGGCGAGUAUCGAUUCGUUGAUAAGCACCUGUAAUGCCACCAGCAAGCGACAUUACAGUGCCAUUUUCUACGCCAUGUACUGUAUCGGCUUGACUAGAGGCAUUUUUCGCAUGGUCCUGAUGAUACAACUCGGACUACGCUCGCCGAGCUUUGCCGUCCAGCUGCUCGUGCCGUCGAUUAUUGUUUUGGUCCGAGUGAAUCUACAAAUCUAUUUAAUGGAGCUUAUUGCUGCGCAGCUAGAGGCGAUUACAGCGGAGCUUACCAGCUCACUCGAAGACGCCGAGCGAUGCAACACCAAUGAAGCCGAUACAGUGUAUCGAUGCAGCUGCACGCUUCAGCGAGCAGAAUGCUUGUAUGGACGUUUACAAAAGUGUCUUCUGAUGGUGAAUGCACUGUUCGGUUGGUCUACUGCAGCGAUCGUGGUGCUCGUGUUCGUUGGCAUAACGUUCCAGUUCCGCGUCCCGAUGUAUCCACUUCCGUUUUAUGCACAAAUUAUUGAAGUGUUAUACUCAAUAUUUAUACUAUUUUGCUUAUGUCGAGCCUCCAGUCACGCGACAGAAAAGGUGAACGAAAUAAAGCGCGUACUGUUAAAACCAUUCUACAAUGCUUUGCUGUGGGAUCAGGUUCACAAUUUUAUCGUUCGUACCAAGCUACAACCGUUCGAGUUUACAGCCAAUGGA